AUGUUGUUUUUGAGCAAGUGCUAUAAAUCUUCUCGCCCCGGAUCGGUUUUAGUGACAUUACUUCGUUUACGAAAUGAAUUCCAGAGAUUGGGUGGUAAUGCGGCCACCGCAUCACGAUUUUCCACCCCAACUGCACAGCCUAAGCCUUCUUCGGUAGGCAUUAAAUCUAUCGAUCAGGCUUCGUCGGUAGGUGUUUCAGCCCCCGAGGCGACGCAACUUUCCACCGGUACUUUACUUUCGCCAUAUCCAUCCCUCUCCUUUUCUUUAUCGCGCCCAAGUAAUGCCGACCUUCAAAGGCUCAUGGCGGAUGCCGUGCGACUUUUAAACAAAGGAACGCGAUCACACGAUCCACUCUCCGACUUGGUUUCGAGCUCACCCCAGUACUUCAUGGAGGUCGGAAAGUUGCUGACAGUGGCAUCUUUCUUUAGGGCCUCCACAACCGAUGCGCGGGUUUCCGAGGGUAUUAACUGGGUUCGGCGUCAUCUUUCGCAGUUUCAAACCACACGGCAGAUCAUUUCUGUGUGUGUACCAAUUAUGAAUCUAAAGGAUGGACAAAAGAACGGUCAUAAAUUUAUAUGGAGCUAUCUAUACGAGCCCUUGCUAAUGUCGCUUCUGCAGGACAACGUUUCCGAUGUUUCUUCUGUGGCGGAAGCCACAGCCGGGGAUCAAGCAUGUGGAGAGGCUGAUGAGGACCGACUGCUUCAGCAAAAUCGCACGGCAGUUGCAUCCGUGUUUUUACUGAUUUCAAAGUUUUUGGCAACCCCCAGCGAUAGUCCUUUAGCGGAGUCGGUGUUGACAGUAGUGGGCACCGGUCUCGACGAGUCGGUAGCGCAGGAAAAGGUGACACCUCUUCCUACGCCUGAAAAACCCUGUGUGUUGGAUGAGGCCGACAAGCUACUGACUUUGCUGGAGGCUGCAGUGAUGAAUUUGAAGCGGCGCUUUCACCCUCCCUCAGAGGGGGGUGGCACUCAGGAGGUUGGUCAGGUCGUGGUCCCUACGGCCCAUUCGAGGAGGUCCACCACCUCCGCUCCCCCUCUAAAGCUUAACGAGUGCACGAAUUACCUGCAGGGAUCUCACGCGAUGCGGCAGUUUUUGCGCUCCUUCGAUGCGGCAUCCCAGGGUGCGGUCUCGCAGCUUGCUCGGCUCGAUGCCUGUGAUAGGAUGAUGUGGCCGAUUUUGGGAGACUCAAUAGCCUCUGCCACGUCGAAUGACCCUUCCAUGACUGCGGGGGCACGUUCUCUAAAACCAUACGACGUCAUCAACUUGUUAAGAAUUCUCACGCAGUUUGACUCCAUGCAUUCACAAAUGGACCAACCCAUUCAGGUUCUGCUUGCAUUUUUGCCGGUCAUGGUUUCGAUGUCCACAAUGGGCGAGCUGUGUGCGUUUGUGCAGGUGCUUAGCAAGGCUCGUGGACGUGACUCGGGAAACUCGUCAAUAUUGGGUUUGCCCCCUCAUAUUGGGUUGUUGUUAUUUGAAUCCAUCCGAGCCAAACUAUUUUUGAUGGUAGAAUCCCAUGGCGCGAAGAUGUGGCCGAUGGAGUGUAGCAUACUUUUGUCUGGAUUAUCGCGCUUAGAGGUUAGUAGCGAAAGUGAUAGCAACGUCGAUGAGGGACUGAGGACAUCCGUUGAAAACGUGUACAUUGCUAACGACGUUUUAAAUCUAUUAUGUGUUCAUUUCACCGCGUGUGCGGAUCAAGUUGGUGUCAGCCAACUUGUACCUUUUCUACAGGGUUUAGCACGCCUGAAGGCAACACACUCCUGCUGUCACAGUGGAAAAGCUGUAGUAAAUACUGAUACGGAUGCUUUAACCGAGCGCCUACCUGUCUUGCCUACAACCUUGGAAAAAUGCGCUGAUAUUGCCACGAAACUGGCAAGGAAUGAUAAGCUUUCAGCACUGGAAGCAGCUCAGAUUUUAUCAUUGCUAGUGCGACUUCGUUUUAAGAGCAGCGACACGUUUUUUCUAUCUAUAGAAAAGUUACUUAGUUCAUUUUUCUGCGAUGACCUUACAGAAUAUACAAGUGACAACCACAGAAGUGUCCAUGCUGUUGUUUUUGACGCGGUUGAUCGACUCAUAGGGCUUUUGAGCGAUCCAAGUAAAAAAUUUAGAGACAAGUCAAACACUGAGUGCCUCCAUGCACAUGCCUUGGAUUGUGCAUUGAAGCUACGAAGUCGGUUGUACAAUAGCGUUUUGGGCAGCCUGGCCCAAGCUGAGACUUCAAAAGAGGUUAUUCGUCUCCUCAAGUUGCUCUACCCGUCACUUAGCACGUCAACAACUUCCGUGCGAGGUGAAACCAAUGUUCACCACGCCGGCAGUUCCACCACAACCAGAGCAACAGGAGAAUUAGAUCAUGAGGUAAUAAAAUUCCUGGCUGAUGGCGAAGCGGACGAGGAAGUAGUGGGGAGUAUGAAGGAUUUCCUUAAGAGAGAAAAUGAAGAGGCAGUACGUUUACCCACCGAUGCUAAUAUCGAAUCAGGCAUGCUUUACCAACCCCCUCCUUCACGGCAUACCGUGGAUGCUUCAUUGGAAGCAUUUGUGCGGAGAAUUGUGUACGUGUCUAGGGAGUGUAAUCCCCACGAGCUGGUGGAACUUUCCAUGGCAGUUGCACAGCUCUACCGUUACCAAGGAUUAGGGAAGACGAGUGCUCAUCGGGCUCUUGAUAAUCUUCUUUAUCGCCCCUCAUCUUUUUCACUUUCGGUUGUGCAGUACAAGAAAUUGCUGGAUGCCCUCCGUAUCGCUAAAAAGGGAGAAACAGUCCCUUUACAUAUUAUGGAUGGGUUUUCGAAAUCGCUUGCUGCCGCCACGGCCAGAAACCCAGACAGCCAAGGGCGUUCUGGUACUGAGGGAGGUUGCCUUGAAAUAGGUAUGUCACUUUCCAUCCUAGAGAUUAUUGCCGUUGGCCGAACUAUAUUGACUUCGAUCAAGCAACAGCUAAGCAGCAAGUAUUCAAUUACAAAAGGAUCAAAUUACCUUACCGAGCAACAGCGAAGCGAAAGGAUGAAAAUUUUUCUUGAUAUCGGGGUCUCUUAUAUAGGUCAGUGUGCGGUGGCGAUUAAUCGGUUUAUCCUUAACACUUAUCCUGGUCAUUUGUCAGACGGUGUGGAAGAGUUGAUAGUUCUAGGUUACGUUCUUGCACGGUUAUAUUGUGUCCUUGCUACAUAUCAUGCGCAGAGUGUUGAGAUUCAACAUAAAUCUGAAGUCACUGACGAGGCUGUGGAUGGUGAUGUAUUUGGCUAUGACGAUGGGGAUAUGCGUCUUGACUAUGUGGAGGCGAGGGAUGCCAUGGAUGAUAGAAUUUAUACGAACAAAAGGAAUGCAACUAUGGGCGAUGAACAGUUUUUAACGUUUCAAAGUGGCAUAGUUAAGGUUUUUAAUGCCUUGGGAGAUGCCCUUUGCUUUUUUCUAGAGCAAUCUCAGCUUUUGAGUGUUGAUGGCGACAAGAGUUUUGAGGUGAGGUCACCGAAAGAGAUUUAUUCCGGUUCGCUUCCUGGUGCCGCGACGAGUGGUACGCGUACCAUAGAGCCGAAAAAAUACGUGAUGUUGAUUCAGAGUUUUGGCAUCGUCGGUGUGGUUCAUCACAAUUUGUUAUAUAGUCUUUUGCCUCAAAUCCAGCAUCAGGUCCCUUGUAUGGAUGCGCUUGAGCUUUCCCUUUUAAUGAACCAUCUGGCGCGAUCAGGAGUUUGCAGUCGGCGGAUAUUGGAUUGUAUGGCUACCGAGAUUGGCAAGCACGUCGCCAAGAGCGAGAUGCGCCAGUGCUAUGCGAUUCUUCGAAGCAUGCAACGUUCUGGUUUUUUGAGUAAGAGCGCUUUUUUAUGGCCAAAGCGUGUUCUAAUGCUGAAUCCAAAUCAAGACAUUGACACUUUGGCUAUAUCACGGAAUGCAAAAUUGAAAAGUUCUUUAGAUGUUUUGGCCAGGGCGUUGGUGGAACGUUUAGACUCUUUGAUUGCCCAGGAGUCACAGAUUCAUGACACAAUGCAUUCAUACUCGUUAAGCGACCUUUUAGGAGUGGUGCAUGCCUUGGAUUUUUUUAAUGACCCACCUCAGCCAACAUUUGAUUCAUAUUACAUCAUUUCCACAAAAAAGCUCCUUGUCGAGAGUGCACGGUUUUCAGAAAAAGGCAAAAAAGGGCUUAGUGCCGAAGACAUGGACAUGCUCAAAGUGGCAGAGCGAAUUUUCUUUAGUGCUGUUAUGCUCGCUUCGUGUACUCACCUUUUGAGGCGCUCAGACCAUCAAGCGGUUUCUUCAAGAGUUAUUGCCCUUUCCCUGAAAGUCUUAGGUCGCUGCCGCGGCUUAGGUACUACUAAAAUGGUGUUGGUCAAGCGUGGUACUAAGAGCACGGCACGCUCACGAGUUUGCCGUACUACCUUUGCUGCAUUCGUGGCAAAACUUUCUAAUGAAAAAUUAGUAGAGCUCCUUCACACGAGUCGAGUUCACUGGUUGCUUUAUGAUGUGAAACUUCUACCUUCCGAAUUCGUAAUUAUGGAUAUACUGCUUAGAAGGCUUGAGUCACGACGCCCUGACAAGGAAAGUGACUGUCCUCUCUCUGAUUCACUUAGUGAUAUGAGUAAUAUGUUGGAACAGUUCACACGGAGUAAUGUAUUUAUACCUUUCCAAGGCAUAGCCCUGCGGUGCAUGUGGCGUUUUGCACGUUUCGUUGAUCAACAUGUAUUGCGUUCUCUGUCUCAAACGCGUAUGCGUGAGAAUGGGGCGCACUUGACGCCAAGAGGAAUUGUAAUCCUCUCCUGCAUGCAAAACUACCUCGCAUGUGGAAGCCGGUGGCAGAAUAACUCUUGUAAACAGAGAGUCCUAGGUGGUAAUAAAACCCUCUUAGCCAAGUUGUUGCUUCCUGGACUCCGUAGGGUUCUUUUGGAUAGUACCUCUUCGUCUAGAUCCAGCUGCUACCACGCUUAUAAUGAAGAAAUUACCCCUCUUAUAAACCUUCAAACAAUGAAGUUGAGGCAUAUUAUAUCCCUUUAUCUUACCCAUGCUAUUCUUCUUUCUAGUGUUGGAGAACCUGGGAAUGAGUGGAGUGACAAUUUGAAAAGUGAAGUGGACCUCUUCACUUCUGUGAGCUCUGUUCUCAUUUCAAAACUGGAGCAACAAUCCUUAAAAAUCAACAUGCAAAGUUCUGUGGAUCUCGUUUUGGCGAGCUGUCUUUUGCUAAACAUUGAGCUUUUUACAGGGGCUACACAUUUUAAUGAAAUUCAGUCGUCUACUUCGCAUGCCAUCGGUUCUAUGGUGCGGAGAGUAUUACUGGGGGCGUCGCAAGCGUUAAGCUUAAAAUUACACCAACAUUCUCACAAUAGGAGCCGAUGGGUUUUGUUGGAAAUCUAUCGCCUAGUUUUAGGGUUUGAAUGUGUUUUGGUGCGUGUUACCCUCGCGCUUUCUUGCCCUUCUUCGGCAGAUAAGAUAUCGAAGGUUACUGAAUUGGAUUUGCUUGCCGAUACCUCCCAGACACAUCAUCGAGAAGAGAUGUUUGUUUCAGGAUUCGGGACAGCUGAUCACAGAGUAAAUGUUCAGGAGUUGUGUGAAGAUAUGCUUUAUCGUGUUCUCAUGACGAUCGCGCUUAGUUCUCGCGCGUCCGAUAAGUCUUUACUUUGUUUGGGGAAGCGCCGCGAGGCGCAUUUAGUUUCUAGUGUUAAAGCAUGUAUGAAAGCUUCAGCUUGGAGGCAGGAAAACGGCUCCACAACUGAUUCAAGGGGUGCGCAAAGGGUCGCGCAGGUGAUUCAAUGGAUUGCAAAUGCUGAGGAUGAUUGA